AUGUCUGAAAAAGCCAUCGAAGAAAAUACCAUUGCCCCUCAAGCCUCUCAUGGCACCUCGGAGCCCCCCUUCCAGAGUCCCGUAAAGGGCCGUCUCGAUCACGCAGAGGCCGUGGAUGAAGUCAUUCACGAUGCUCAAAAGGCUACUGACAAAGAGCACAAGAUGACCUUGUGGCAAGGCAUCCAAUUGUAUCCGAAAGCCGUCGGGUGGAGUAUCUUGAUUUCCACCUGUAUCUGCAUGGAGGGUUAUGAUGUUUGUCUCUUGAGUAACUUCUAUGCGUUCCCCCAAUUCCGCAAGAAGUACGGCGAACAACUCCCAGACGGUAGCUGGCAAAUCUCUGCUCCCUGGCAAGCGGGUCUCAGCAACGGUGCCAACGUCGGUGAGAUUAUCGGUCUUUUCAUCAAUGGCUACGUCUCGGAACGAUUUGGCUAUCGCUAUACGGUCAUGACAUGCUUGACGCUCAUCAUCAUCUUCACCGCCGUCUUCUUUACGGCCCAAAACGUGGUCUCGCUCCAAAUUGCCGAAAUCCUUUGCGGGAUUCCCUGGGGUGUUUUCCAGACCUUGACAAUCACUUAUGCCAGCGAGGUGUGUCCGGUCGCUCUCCGAGGAUACCUGACCACCUACGUCAACUUCUGCUGGGGCUUGGGUCAAGUCAUCGGCAUUGGUGUUAUCAAAUCCAUGCUUCCCAGGAACGAUCAAUGGUCGUAUCGCAUACCAUAUGCUUUACAGUGGAUGUGGCCCGUUCCCCUCCUCCUUGGCGUGUUGCUGGCGCCUGAAUCGCCAUGGUGGCUUGUCCGAAAAGGGCGUCUGGAAGACGCCAAAAAGGCCCUAUUACGCCUGACGUCUCUGAACCGCGAGACGGGAUUUGACGCCGCCGAAACAAUCGCCAUGAUGGUUCAUACUACGGCAUUGGAAGAGAAAAUCACGGCAGGUGCUUCGUACUUGGAUUGCUUCAAAGGCACGGAUCUGAGACGAACCGAGAUUGUGUGCAUGGUUUGGGCGAUUCAAAACCUUUCGGGUAAUUCUUUCUCGGGCUAUUCCACAUACUUCCUGGAACAAGCUGGUCUCGACACGAGCAAGGCAUAUGAUUUCGCCCUGGGUCAAUACGGAAUCAACAUGGCGGGCGUCUUUGGUGCGUGGUUCCUUAUGACCUGCGGUUUAGGACGACGAGCCCUAUACCUCUACGGUCUCUGUGGACUAUGUAUGAUGCUGUUUAUCAUGGGAUUCCUCGGUCUGGUCCCCGACUCGCACAGAAAAGAAGCCUCACUGGCAACUGGAUCCAUCAUGCUAGUUUGGGCGCUUUGCUAUCAACUCACGGUCGGAACGGUCUGUUAUUCCCUUGUGGCCGAACUAUCUACCCGCCGUCUCCAGAUUAAGACCGUCGUCUUGGGUCGAAAUCUGUACAACGUGGUGGGUAUCAUCUGCUCGGUCUUGACUCCUUAUAUGCUCAACCCGGGCGAAUGGAACUGGAGCAAUUAUACCGGCUUCUUCUGGGGAGGAAUUUGUUUCUGCUGUAUUAUUUACACUUACUUCCGUGUUCCCGAACCCGCCGGUCGCAGUUUCGCCGAAUUGGAUCUUCUUUUUGAGCGGCAGGUAAGUGCCAGGAAGUUCGCCACUACUCACGUGGAUGUCUUUGAUGAGGUUACGGUUCAUGAGACAGUGGAGGGGACUGGAACUUUGAAACUUUACGAGGAGAAGCGUGGAAGUGUGAUGCUUAGCGAGGAGACUGGUCUGCCCCCUCGGAUGAUUCAUUGA